AUGAUCGUUACAAUUAAAAACUUUGAUUUUCACACCGCAAACAAAGGAGGAGUUUUCUACAUUGACGCGGCAGUGAUCUCAAAUGCAGAUAAUUUCUUUCCUGAUGGAUUCUCAGGAGAAGAGAUUGAGCUCCGUCUGCCUAUUCGAACUAAACAUGAACUCGAGGUUGAGUUCCUUCAUCUGCUCGAGUUUCGCCACACUAAGAAGGAGCUUCUGGUCGAGAUCGAACGCGAGGCUCUUCAGACACUGUCUGAGCAGAUUAGAAAUGAGCCAAAAGCGUACAUUUUCCGGUACGCUUCGCCGUUUCAACCUGAAAAAGAGCCAUCUCAUGACUGUCCCGUUUGCGGUCAAGAAAAUGUCUUCAAAUCAACAUCAAUUCUUGGAUGGAACUUGGGCACGACGCCUGACGAUGAUGUUAUAACGCAGCCCGAGCAAACAGGAACAAUUUACAUUGACGGAGACAAUCAAGUUGUUGCUCCACCGCCACGCUCCGGAACUUCCGCAUAA